AUGGAGAGUCCUUUUGUGCCUGCUGGAGGAAGGCAUCAAGGUCGUGGAAGCUUUAGAGGUAGAGGAAGGGGACGAGGCAAACAAACCUUCAACAAGGCCAUAGUGGAGUGCUAUAACUAUCACAAGCCAGGACAUUUUCAAUGGGAAUGUCAAAGCAAUACCAGGCGAGACCGACAAACCUUCAACAAGGCCAAUAGAGAAGAUAUGUGGUUCCUUGACUCGGGAUGUAGCAAUCAUAUGUGUGGGAAGAAGGAAUAUUUUUCAGAUUUUGAUGGAAGUUUCAGAGAUUCAAUGAAGCUGGGCAACAACUCAAGCAUGGUUGUAACCGAAAAGGGUAAUGUACGACUGCAAGUGAAUGGAAUCAUAAUGAUAAUCACAGGAGUGUUUUAUGUGCCAGACCUGAGGAACAAUUUGUUGAGUAUUGGUAAAUUGCAAGCAAAGGGGGUUACCUUUUUGUUUCAAAAUGGAACGUGCAAGGGGUUUCAUCCUGAGAGAGGCUUAAUCAUGAAGACAAAGAUGUCCUCGAAUCGAAUGUUCGCACUGCAUGCUAUACUUCAGCCUGUAGCAUCCACUUCAAUACAAUCACAGAAGAUAUUGAGCAACUUUGGCAUUGUAGAUAUGAACAUUUGGGCUUUAAGAGAUUAA